GGGAGGGCAUUGAGUGGUGGAAAGGCUGAGUGAGUGCUGUUGUGGUGCCAUAACUGUCCGAGUCUUGUGAUCCAACGCUAUUGUCUUCACUUAACUCUCGGCCAAACCAUCACUGCAUCACUUCCGGCCACUUCCACUAUGAUGUGACUCAUUCACCACCACAUGAUAGCGACAACAUUUGGACCAUAGUGAUAGACUGAUAGUUCUAGUAAAAGUGAUUGACCAAGGUGUAAUAGGUGUGAUCGUGCUUGACCAUGGUGUUUGAGUUGUUUGGAUCGGUGAAGCGAUUGGUGAAGUUGGACUCGGUUUGCAUUGACAACAAUGUGUUUCGCCUGCAUUAUAAGGCAACCGUCAUCUUCUUAGUGGCCUUUUCACUGCUCGUCACUUCCAACCAAUACUUCGGGGAUCCCAUCGAUUGUAUUCAAAGGGACGACAUUCCCACCAAUUUGUUGGACACGUAUUGCUGGAUUCACUCGACGUUUACACUACCGGAUGCUCUGAACAAGAAGGUAGGGGUGGAAGUGCCCCAUCCGGGUAUCGAUAAGUACACCCCCGGAGAGAAACGAGUU